UUGUAUUUGCUUCCAAUUUUCUUCUUCUCCUUUAACAACACCACCAACAACGUAAGAAGAGAACGUAACACAUAGACCAACCCCCACCAAACCAAUGGGUUGUGUUUCUUCUAAACUCGUCAAGAAAGAACUCCGCCGGGACAUCAUCCUCAACAACGGCGGCGAGUACGUCAACCAUGUCGUCUCUCUAACUUCCAGCACCUACGGCGUUCUGAAUCUCGAUAAGGAACAAAAACAACAACCAGAACAAGAACCCAUUAAAGAGAUUGCUGUGGAGACGAAGAAGAAGAACGUGCAGAGGUCGCCGCCUCGCGGAGAGCCAGAAGUUAUCAACGCUUGGGAGCUCAUGGAGGGACUGGAAGAAGAAAUGCCCGUUUCGAAUCAACCCAAAAAGAGCCCAAAGUCACGUACUUUACUUCGCGGGUUUGCGGAUGUUGAAGGGAAAAGUCCAUUGAAGUUCUUCAAUCAGUUCGGUUCGCCGAGGAAGGUGAAGAAAUUUGGAGGUAAAGAGAAUAAGGUGCGUGUUAAUGGAGUGGUGACUGGUCCAAUUAAAUCAGAAUUAAGCCCGAGAUCGAUCUUGAAAGUGAAUAAUUUUCAAGAGAGUUCGUGCAAGAAAGUGUUGAAUUUGAGUUUGCCCGGGAAAAAAGAGAGUUAUAGUCCUCUGUUUGAUCCGGAGCUUGUUGAAAGUUACGAGAGAGAAUUAUCAGAAGAGAAAGAGCAUGUCAAAAGGGUCAUUUUACCAACAUUUACUACUCGAAAGGCGAAGAUUUCUUCGGAUUCUAUCCUUGAAUCUUUCAAAAAGAAGUGUCCUCCGGGUGGUGAAAAUGCUGUCGUGAUUUACACCACCACAUUGAGAGGAAUAAGAAAGACAUUUGAGGAGUGUAACAACGUGAGGUCCAUAAUUGAAUCACAUCAAAUACAGAUGUUCGAGCGCGACAUAUCGAUGGAUUCAGGGUUUAAGGAGGAGUUAAGAACGUUAAUGGAGACAAAAGAAGUGAAAGUUCCACUUGUGUUUGUGAAAGGAAGGCUGGUUGGAGGUGUUGAUGAGGUAGUGAAGAUGGAGGAGGAAGGGAAAUUGGGGAUUUUGUUUGAGGGAAUACCGAAGGCUAUGGGCGGAUGUGAAGGAUGUGGUGGAGUGAGAUUUGUGAUGUGUAUGGAGUGUAAUGGAAGCUGUAAAAUAAUGGAUGAAGAGCAGAAGAAAAUGAUGAGAUGUGGUGAGUGUAAUGAAAAUGGGCUUUUACAAUGCCCUAUUUGCUGUUGAUUUUAUUAACUUUCUGGAUUGAUUUUGAGCUUUGUAGGUGAGAUAUGUGUAGAACAAAGGUCCUAUUUUUUGGGGGUUCUAAAUUGGGUUUUAGGCCUCCCUCAUUUCAUCAUGUGUGGUGUUGUUUUGAUCACUUGAUUGGACACGUUUGUUGUUGCAAUAUGAAUGUAGAUAUUUCCUAUUAAUGGAAGAAUGAUUUGAUUUAGUUAUUUCAAUUAGAGAU